CUUGCAGAGGAAGAGAGUAAGAGAAUUCAAGGAAGUAAAGAGGAUGCCCUAAGAGGAACAUUUUCUCCUUCUGAAUUAUCAAACAAAAAUAAAGAGGUUGCCUCACCUGGAAGAAGCAGAGAAGUCUGUGUGUGUCUUCCACAACAGGUGCCAAAUGAGAAUGAGACAAUGAUGAAUGAGAGCUGGAAAGCUGGUGACUCUGAUGGAAAUGAUCUCAGUCUGUCUGAAAGAGUGAAGGUGGAUGAGUACUUAGAUUUGGAAGAUAUAGACACAGAUGAAGAGGCAUGCAGUGCAGGGUCAUUAGUUCUCCCAGGAGAGGUGGAACAGACAGUUACUUAUCGUACAUCCUAUUUUGAUAAGCCUGUUCAACUGAAGUUCAGAACCUUGUCAGUUCCACAGCCUUCAGACAACAAAGCCCAAGAGCUACUAGGGGAUGAUGUUCAACCAUUCUCUCUUGAUGAAGAAUUUGAUUAUGACAAUGUGGCACUGACCCCUAAGUUCUCUGAAGCUGAGCUGAAGGCCCUCAUAGAAUUGUCUGAAGAGAAGAAAACAGGGACAAAUGUCAAGUCAGCAUGA